CAAAUUAAACAUGGUGGUGAAAGAAGAAUGGUAGAUUAAAUUGAUAGAGAUUUUGAAUUAGUAUCUUACAAUUCUCAUCCAUAUUAAUUAUUUACUUAUACAAUUUGGAAUUAAUAUUUAGCAAAUCAAUAAGAAGCAUAUGAAUAAAGAAAGAAUGGUGGAAAAGCUAUUGAAGAUUAAGUUAUUGAUCAUAUUAGGUAUAUAUUUUGAAUAUUAUUUUAUUAAGUGAAUUGGUAAAGGAUGAAAAAGCUAAAUUAGGAGCUGGAAAAUAAUUGAGUAUUGAAAGAACAGCAGAAAUUGUUAUGAAUGUGAUGAGAUAAUUGAGAGCAGCUUAAUAAAGACCAAAUCUUAAUAAUAGGUAAAGAUUUACUACUUAUAAGUAAGACGUGCAGAUGGAGAAUUUGAUGAUUUCCUUGAAUAAAGAAGACCAUUCACAGCUCCAAAUAACUAAUCAGCUACUCAUUGAGCUGAUUAUAUUAAAAACAAUAUAUAACAACUUAUUAAUUAU